CUUUCCUCUCUCUCUCUCUAGUUCUUUCUUCAAGAUGAUACAAGGAUUCCACUAGUUGACAUCUUAAACAAAGAAGACUCCCUCCUCACCAAUGCCUUCUCCCUCUAUCCCAUCUCAUCAGUUGAGAGGAUGUUCUCUGUCCAUUACUACUAUGCUACAAUCGAAUACAAGAAGUACUCCCUGAAAGCUGAUACAGCUGGUAACAUGAUGAUGGAAGCGUGUCAGGAGUUACCCAACGCUCUCUUAGAUGAGGAUAUUGUACAGAUUGGUUGCGAUCUGGUACGAGGAGAUGAUCAAAGUAUUCUCGACAGUCAGAAGAACCUUAUCAAGUAUCGUCGGACGACCAGAUACCGGCCUAUUAAUCAUUACCAGUAUCGCAACUGGCGUUAUUUCGACACUAAUAAUCUCUAUAACGAUGAGACUACAGAGCCUCAUCAUCACGUUGGACUCUUUAAAUAUCUAUCAAGAGAGUUUAGACGUGCCACAGACCAAGCCACGAAAGAAAUAAAUAAGAAAUAUGCCCCAAAGCGAUAUAAGCUUCGUACGAUAAUAAAUGGGUUUGUCAAGAACGAUCCUAUUUUUGGUAACGAUUACAUCAUAGAUGGGAAAUUUGUUGACGUGAAGCAUACCUCAGCGGCUCUGUACGAGCGUGUUAGGAUCUUCCAGCCCAUUCAAAAUGGCUAUACUGUAAAACCGUCAAAGAAUGAUGCAAGUGAAUUGAUUAAUAUUGUCGUACCGAUAUCCGAUGUCACCCAGCGUUGCUACGACUACCUCGAGAUGUUUGAGAAGAUUUAUUCCCGUGACGACAAGCUGCGACUGGUUUUGGUCAUUUUCGGCAAAAACGACGUCCACGACAUAGAAGAGAAGAUUAACGAGAUACGACAGACCACGCCCAAAGUGAACAUAGUCAUAGUUAAAGGAAAGGGUAACUUCUCACGAGCUCAGGCUCUAGAUCAAGGAAUGAUGACGCUAGAGAAGAAUGAUUUGGCUUUUCUCUGCGACGUCGACAUGGAAGUCAACAUUACGUUCUUUGAUCGCUGCCGAAAGAACACGAAUCAAGGAAAAAUGGUCUAUUACCCGGAGGUUUUCAAAAUGUACAACUCCCGUUUUCUAAACCCAGAUAAAAACGCUCGAAGAAAGCACUCGCGUUUCCGCGGGCAUUGGGGCGGCUAUGCUUUUGGAAUGCUCUGUAUUUAUAAAUCAGACUACACUAAAGUGGGAGGACUCAAUACAAAGAUGAUGGGCUGGGGUGGUGAGGACGUGGACCUCUUUCAAAAAGUUUUAAAGAGUCGUAUUGAGGUUCUGAGAGCUCCAGACGUUGGUCUUAUUCAUAGAUGGCAUAAGAGGAGCUGCUCGAAAGCCUCGCUGACAGAGAAUAAUUAUAAACAGUGUCUGUCGUCAAGAGCUGAAGCGUUAGGUGAUAAAAGGCCACUGGGACACUUUUUAUAUCUCCUGCAAGAUAUGUAUCCUGAUUUGAAACAGAAACUACAAAUUCCUGUAUAGU